AUCACCUGAUUCGCGCGCAGCCAUUUUGUCCGGAGCUGCUCUUCUCAAACCGGAAUAAAGCGAAGGCGAGUGGAGGAACGCCGUUGGAGGGGGCUGAUAAAACACACUCCCUGUCGGAAUUUCUCCACCUAUUGAUCCAGGACGGAAAAAGCCCACAUUUUUUUUUCUCGUGGUGGUCCUACAGCUGGACUAGUGGACUUCCUUUCACAGAUGCAGGUUGGAUGUUAGGUUUGAGCGGCUGAUCAGCUGUCCGAGAUCUAAUGUUAGAUCCUUCAGGUUCCAACUCAACACAAGAUUUCCACUUUCACUUCUGAUCUCCGUGUGUGUUCGUUACAGGUUAGCUGUCAUUCAUGUCAGCGAAGGGUUUGAAGAUAGCAUAGUAGCUAGCAGGAAGAGUUUGAACAGAGUUAGAGACCUGAGGGAAGCCGAGAGAUUAGCCGGGUGGCUGCUGUUAACUGGAACCUGUUAACUAGCUAAACUAACUAGUUCCCUUUAAUCCGGCAUUAUUACAGCGAGCUAACAACUUGCUAGUUACAGGUCUCUGUGCAUUCCUGUGGUCAGGAAGCGACUUGCUAGCUCAGCAAACACUCGCAGGUAAAUACUGAACCCUUAAAUCCUCACUAAUUCGAGUCAAAGGACAGACUUGUGGAAGCACUUUCCGUCCUUUCUUGGGGUACGUGGCAUUUUCCUCCCUAUCUCUUUCUCUUUUUCUGACCUGGCAGGACGGAUAGCUAGCUAUGUCAUUUUGCAAUCUUCCUAUAUGCUCAGAUUUCACCAUUAGGUCCUGUGCUCGGGGUGAGCGCUGUUAUGGUUACAUUAGCUAACAUCAGCUCAGUCAUUCAGUUCAUCCGGGUGUAACACUGACACUUGGCCUGAUAUUUGUACUAGAUAGGUAGCUAGAUUCUUUUAUAUUACGACGAAAUACACGAUCAAGGGUGACUGGUUUAGUAUUUAGCUAAUCUUUUGGGUUUUUUUAAAAAAAAAAAAUUAUAUAUAUAUAUAAGCAGUCACUUUACUGACUCGAGGUUUUGCUAAAUCCGCUCAUAUUAGUGAGCUGUUAAGCUAUCUGGAUUUGAGAGAGAGAGAGAGCGAGAGAAAGAGAGACAGACUCGUCCAGCUGAUCAGUAGUCAGUGUUGAGGUGAAGCAUGUCGGGACAGAGCAUCACGGACCGCAUCGCGGCGGCGCAGCACAGCAUGACCGGCUCCAGCAUCAGCAAAGCCGUGUGUAAGGCCACGACUCAUGAAGUGAGCGGCCCCAAGAAGAAACACCUGGACUACCUGAUCCACUGCACCAAUGAGAUGAACGUGAACGUGCCCCAGCUGGCUGACACUCUGUUCGAGCGGACGGCCAACAGCAGCUGGGUGGUGGUUUUCAAAGCCCUCAUUACCACACACCACCUAAUGAUGUACGGCAAUGAGCGUUUCAUUCAGUACCUGGCCUCGAGAAACACUCUCUUCAACCUGAACAAUUUCCUUGAUAAAGGUGCAUUGCAAGGCUAUGACAUGUCCACCUUUAUCAGGCGCUACAGUCGCUAUCUGAACGAGAAGGCUCUGUCCUACCGGCUCGUAGCUGUCGACUUCACCAAGAUGAAAAGAGGUAUUGAUGGAGUGAUGCGCACCAUGAAUACAGAGAAGCUGAUCAAAACUCUGCCCAUUAUUCAGAACCAGCUGGACGCUCUGCUCGACUUUCAGGCCAACCCUAAUGAGCUCACCAACGGUGUGAUCAACGCUGCCUUCAUGCUGCUUUUUAAAGACUCCAUCCGUCUGUUUGCCGCCUACAAUGAAGGGGUCAUCAACCUGCUGGAAAAAUAUUUUGAUAUGAAGAAGAACCAAUGCAAAGACGCUUUGGACAUCUACAAAAAGUUCCUGUACAGGAUGACCAAGCUGUCUGAGUUUCUCAAAGUAGCAGAGCAAGUUGGGAUUGAUCAGGGUGACAUCCCAGAUCUCACUCAGACCAUCAGAGGAUGUUACAUUGCUCCCAGCAGUCUGCUGGAGGCUUUGGAGCAGCACCUGGCCUCUCUGGAGGGCAAGAAGACUAAAGAGUUCUCUGCAGACAGCAGAGCCACCACUCUGUCCAGCGCCGUGUCGUCCCUCUCAAACACAGGCAUGUCCUUCACUCGUGUGGAUGAAAAGGAGAAACAGCAGGCUCUAGAGGAGGAACAGGCCAGACUGCAGGCUCUCAAGGUGGGCUCCAGCUUUCCUGACCAGCGCCUGAAAGAGAUUAGCAUGCAGACUCCCUCUGCCUCACCUGCUACUCAGUCUGCAAGCAGUGCCAACAACCACAGUGCGGCAGUGGAUCUGUUCUCCAACCACAGCACCACCCCUGCCCCUGUCACCAACAGCAUGCCAAACCUCACCAGCGACCUGUUUGACCUCCAGCCAGCUUUCAUCCCUGCCGUGCAGAGCACUCCAUCCAUAUCCACAGCCAGCAGUGCCUGGGGAGGUCUAGAGAGCGGCGUUCCCCAGCAGGCUGCUCAUAUUUCCACCAUGAAUGUAGAUUUUGAUGCAGUGUUUGGGACUCAAGGUGCCAAUAACGAUGUGAAGCCAGCAGCUGGUUUUGAUUCUCUAGGAGACCUGUUGAAGCCCACUUUACCAGCUCACACUCAGGCUCCCAUGAUGCCCCCACACACAGGAGGCAAGCUGUUGGCCAACGACCUCGACUCCUCCUUGGCCAACCUCGUGGGCAAUCUGCAGUUUAGUGGAUCAUCAGUCAAAAAACCGGACAUGCAGUGGACACAGCCUGGGGAGAAGAAGAUGACCGGCGGCACUAACUGGCAGUCCAAAACCAUGAGCAGCACGACUGCCUGGAGUCCUGCCCCAAUGCCACCUGCUCCCAUGACUGUGCCCCACAUGCAGAGUGGAAUGUUCUAUACUGGUUAUCAGGCUCCGGCCCCCAUGGCCUUCCCCAUGACCACACCUCAAGUGCCUGUGUAUGGAAUGGUCCCUCCUCAGAUGGGUCAGAUGGGAGGGGUUCCAGUGAUGACGCCACAACCCAUAAUGUACCAGCCUGUCCUCAGAUCUACCAACCCAUUUGCUCCAGUUCCUGGAGCUCAGAUGCAGUUUAUGUAGUAGCGCCGUGUAGCGGCGUGCCAAACAGGAUGGCAGAAUGACCCACCGAGCAAAUCGAGCAAGAGAAGAGACAAAGACACCACCCACCAUCAGAUUCAGGGAGCUGGAGGAGGAGUGCUGAAGCGUAUGAAGAGAGAGAGAAAUGCAAAAGGGAGGAGUACAGGAGAUGCGAGAACAUUAUUUUUGCCAAGACUCUUCACAUUACUAUCUGACAUGGCUUUUUCUCUUUCUCACACACACACACACACACACACACACACACAAACCACAUCACAACAGGGUAUCAAAUCAGCCUGUUACUCAUUUUUUAUUGUUUUUGUUUUUUUUUUAAUUGUUGGCUUGUCAGUGUUUUAUACAUCACAGGUUCAUUUGAUCAUGUCCUGAGAAUUGUGUUUUUGGCAAAUCAUUUGUUUCUAAAUCAGGUUUCAUGUCUGGAGUGACGACAUUGCUUUGCUAUGUUCCUAAGAUGGCCCUGAGCACUGUGUUUGGGUUCGAGCUGGGUGUGGAGGCAAGGGCAGGACGCUGUUCUCCACCCAGGCUAGUCCUGUCUGGUUAGUCCCGCUCUCGCAGCAUUAGACACGUCACUGCUUUUCGUGAAUGAAUCAUUGUUGAGCUCUUUGGUUUCAGUACCGUUGUGAAGCGAGCCAAAUUUUUUUUUUUUUUUUUUUUUAAUAAUAAUCUCCAGUAAAUUGUGAUGUUUGGCAUUUCCAAGCACUUUAACUUAGUGUGUAUGGUUGUUGCUGAAUUGUAUUCAUACACUGAGCUGGUCUCUGCAUGUUUGGAUGUGUUUUCAAUAAUUCAGACACCAACUUUUUUGAGAUCUUUAGUGAACUUGUUAUUGGUGGCGGCCUUGCUUUUCGGUUCAACUUUAAACCGUCUGUAAUCUUUUCGUCCUGUGUGUUUGCAGACGGUUGCAUUGGAAAGCCAUAUAGGCACUCCCACACUCAGGCUUUUGUGCUCUUGAUUUCAUUCCUCCUGCCAGUUCAAGAAAAUUGUAGUACCUCUGCUUGAUCCUCUGCCCUUCUAGACUAAAUAUGUCUGUAUUGUAGUCUAACUAGUGCGACCCACCCCGUGCAAAUGAGACAUUAGGGAGGCCAGUCCUGUUAGACCUUUUAUCUAAGCGCUUACAUGUGACCUGUUCUAUCAUUUUCAGUUUUAUAUACGCCUGAAAACAGGGUCUUAGCUUCUUGUUAAUACUGAUAUUAGACAGGACAUAUAAUGCUCUUUUAAAUGUUGAUUGAAAAGACUUUGUUUUAAGAAACAGGCCUCUGAAGUUUGAUAUCAGUAUUUGAGUAAUUUAGAAUAUUUUUCAAAUAUAAGGUAAAACUUUUUUAGCCAAGAGUAAUAAAAAAAACAAACAAACUGGCAUGCACAUGCAAAUAUGUGUGGCAGCCUGGGAAAAACUAUUCACAUGGUGAACUUUUGACCUUUUCUACUAUAUAUAUAGUUGCUACUAUAGAAAACUACAGGUUUUCCUGAACUGAAAUAUGUUUCUCUUCUCCUUGUAUCUCAACCAGAAGAAAAGUAGUAGGAUUUUAAAAUCAGGUUCCCUCCAAAAGUGAAAAGGCUGAAAAUGACAUUAAAAGAUUUCAUUCCGACUGAGGCGCCAGCACAUGGCUGACAUUUUGACAGCCGGUAUCUGAUUACAAACUGAAUUGAUUAGGCUUAUGGCUGUUUUGCUACAGCAUGCAACUUUUCCAACAACUUGAUCAAAUCAUGAGAUGUUCACAAACUGGCUCCUUAUUUAAUAAUAUCUUUUCAGGAAGAUACCCAAGGCAAGAUUAAAUAGUUUUGAUGAACCUUGUUUUAGUGAAAAUAUAUUUGUUUUGAGAUGUCAAAGUAUGUUAAAGGCAGGAAAAAAAAAACUAAGAGAUGCUUUCCCACCAAUAAUAUUGCAUUUUUCAGCCCGGGGGGGAAACGGAGAAACAUUGAUGUGCAGCUUUGUCUAAAACGCGACAUGCUAUGAUUUCGAGCUGCCAAUAGAUGUUUUUGUUUGAAUUUCAAUAUGACACGGUAUGCAAGCUCUAGGAACAGGACUUGUCGUGAUUUGUGCAUCAGUUAUAUUCAUCUGAACGCCAUGAGUUCUUUAAACGAAAGCAGACGUGAUUUACUUUAACAGCAUUCUGCAAUUAUAGCUGCCAAAUUAACAGUUGUGAUUUCAAUUUGCUGUGAACAUAUGCUAUCUCUUUUACACCCCCUCCCACUUUCCAGGCACGUAGCCAUGUUACAAGCCUCUCUCUGGCUUUGGGGGGGAGUGAAGAACUGUGUGUGCCAAUAUUAUUCAAAGAAAUUAGUGCCUGAUAUUUAUUGCCAAGUUUUCUUUUUAUCUCUUGGAUAAAACAAAUAUCUGCAAUGUGCGAGUGUUGUCAUGGAAGCGCUGGCAAAGAAUAGUUUCCGUGGAAGAGGCAGCUGAUGUCCGUUUGAAGGGCUUUGUUUUUAUGCUUUCUGUCUCACUCUAGUCACUAUGGUGAGCAUAAUGGCAUGUGAGGUCGAACUCCAGCUCUAUUCUUUACUCUUCUGCCGUCUAGGUGAUAAUGUGAUCCUUAUUUUAAUAAGCUCCUCUUUGCCUGUUAGUCAUUUCUCUGGAGGAAAGAGAGAGAAGACGAGGUGGCAGGAUGGCUACAAGCUGCUUAGGCAUGAGCAGGGAAAUGUCAGUCAUGCGCACGUAAGCGCAUAUGCAUAUAUCUGUGUGUGGGACUGUGUGGGAGCUCUCCUCGGGUCAUCUUGCAUUCAAACUAGCAAGCGACAAGUACAUGUUUCAUUCAGUCUUUUCGAAUGCAGCGAGACUAAAUAAAUCACUGCCAUGCACUUAGUAGUUUCUCUCAUUAAUUUGGUGCACACACCCUUUACCCAUGAUUCACUGACUCUGAAUUGACCAAAAAAAAAAAACUUAGAAGAGUGGGGUGAUGUGUAUUUAUGAAAGGAGCCUGUCAUUGGCUGGGAGAACUGACUGCACUCUGAUGUCACAAAGCAAUCCUGGGAUUAUUGGGAAUCCUCAGAAUCUACUUCACAAACAAGAUUCCCUUCUUCAUUCAGUGGGUCAGUGUUCUUGAAGUGUACAAACCAGUAAAAGUACUUUUUUUUUUAAAGCAAGAUGGACUCAUGUUUGUGGGUGUGUCUGUGUUGCUUAAUUGCUUGGGGCGCAUCGGACAACCUGCACCUUGGUGACGGAGCAUUAAAGCACCAAAUCUAAAUGAUUGGCUCCAGUAAAUUCAGACUCAGUCAUGACCACUGACUGUAAACAAAUGGCCGCUGGAUGUUUUGUCGCAGUGUGAAUGAAUGCAUGGUGACGAUGCCCUGACGUCCAUCAUCUGAUCACAGUGAGAAGGCUGCUGUUAAUGUUUGCACAUCUUCUUCCUUCUCUUUGGUAUUUUUUUUUUUUUUUUUACACACAGACCAGUAAUUUUUAUAAAAGGAGCCAAUUACCCAACAAUUCAAACCCAUUUUCCCGGAAUGUAGCAGAUGGAAAAUAGGCGACACGCAAUUUAAAAACAGCAGAGUGUGUUUAAGCAGCAUGUCUGUUUCUCUCUACAUUGCUCUACUACUACUAUAUUAUCAUCCCCUUUCAACAUCGCAGUGAAACGCCGCCGUGUGUGUGUGUGUGUGUGUGUGUGUGUGUGUGUGUGUGUGUGUGUGUGUGUGUGUGUGUGUGUGUGUGUGUGUGUGUGAGAGAGAGAGAUGUGCGUCAGUAACUGCUCUCAAGCACACUGAAGUGAUCUCACACACGUGCUACUGAUCUGAUUGGCUUGUAUAACAAGGUGUGCUGAGGACCCAUGGGUAUUUCCUCAUCGUGUAUGUGUGCGUGUAUGUGUGCGUGUAUGUGUGCGUGUAUGUGUGCGUGUGGGAAUUACGCUCAUGGGCCAUAUGAACUUUCAUGAUGAUCUUCAGAACUGUUGGUUUUUUUAAAGGAGCACUUUGUCAUUUUAGAGCCUUCUACGGUUGUAAUAAAAACCCUGACAAGUAUCCCGUACCCUUAACUGACCCCCUGUGAGUUAUCUUUAUAGGAAAAGCAAAAGGGCUGAGCAGCUCUGCUUUGGGGCGGAGCUAAGUUCUGGGCCAGAAAAAUAUAAAAAGAAGCCUGGAACAGAACAGAAAGUAGCAAUACCUACAAUAGUGAAACAAAAAAAUAAGGCAAUAUUGUGAGUGCCAGUUUUGCAAAUGGUAUGAUUAUUUCAGGUCCAGAAACACACAAAUUGUGAACUGCUUCUUUAAAGAUUUGAGCGUGUUUUGGCAUUUUAUAACAUCGUUUUUCUCUGAGUGUUUUUCAGGCUCUUUUCUAUCUGUUUGCUCUGUUUUGCAUGUUUUUAGCAGCUUUGCGUGUUUUGUGUAAUGAGGUUUGUGUGUAUCUUGCACUUCGGGUUUUGUCAAGUGAAAGUAGCGAGAGCUCAGUGUUGUGUUGAUGUUUUUUUUUUUUUGUCAAUAGAGUCAAAAGCAUGAUCUUAUCUGUAGUUUUGUUUAUUUGUUUUUGUCAAUGGAGAAUGGUUUCACGAGAAUUUGAAUGUCCUAAUGACCUUUACUCCUUGUGAUCUGUUUGCUAUUUAGCAAUAGAUGUACUGUUCAUGGCUCAUAUUGACUUUGGGCAGCUGAAAAAGGAUAUUUGAAAUGACCAGACAUUGGAAACAUCUAUGUUUCUGGUGAACAGUAAAGACACACAAAACAACUUCUCCUGCCUGGUGAUGCUCCUGUGUGUAAUCUGAUAUAAGUGCAAAUAAGACGUGGAGUAAUAGAAAUACAUUAUAUGGCCAAAAGUAUGUGGACACCUGACCGUCACACCCGUAUGUGUUUCUUCCCCAAACUGUUGCCACAAAGCUGAAAGCACACAAUUGUAUACAAAGACUUUGUAUGCUGUAACGUUACAAUUUCUCUUCACUGGAACUAAGAGGCACAAACCUGUUCCAGCAUGACAGUGCUCCUGUGCACAAAGUCAGCUCCAUGAAGACAUGGCUUGCCAAUUUUGGUGUGGAAGACCUCGAGUGUCCUCACAGAGCCCUGACCUCAACACCUUUGGGAUGAAUUAGAACUGCGUGCCAGGCCUCCUCACCCGACAUCAGUGCCUGACAUCACUGAUGCGCUUGUGGCUGAAUGGGUACAAAUCCUCACGACGCCUUCACUGAAGAGAACUCUGUAUUAACAUAACUCUAUAUUAAUGCUCAACAAGCACAUAUGGGUGUGACGGUCAUGUGUCCACAUACUUAUAGAGUAGGAACUGGGUAUAGCAGCUGCACCAAGAGUAUGUGUCCUUUUUCUUGUUUAGCAUUGAGUAUGUUGGGGGAAAUGUUUUUAUAUGGUUCCACUUUAGGUUAAAAAUUGAAAUGGGAUGUUUUUACCUUUAACACAAGGGUUAAAGAGCUAUUACCUGCUAUGAAUUAUUUACUAAAUGUAUUGAAAUUAAUAGGAAAAGUGGGAAAGUCUGGACGUGGAUUUUGGUUUAGGGUUUGAACCAACAUAAUAAUAAUAAUAAUAAUAAUAAUAAUAAUAAUAAUAAUAAUAGUUUGAUUUAUAUAGCACAUUUCUUAUACUCAACGUGGCUUUACAAAAAAAAACAAACAUGGAUGAACAUGUCAUACCAGAGGUCAACGAAAUUCUCUGACCUAGCCAUAAUAGUUAUGGAUUGUUGGAUUGUUACAAAGUCAGACUUGGGCUGAGAUUACAGCACUUAUUGCACUCCUGUUACUCUGCUUCCCUCUAGUGGACAUCAGCAGUAUUGCAACACGUUUGCUGUGUGGCUUUGGGAUUUCACUCUGUGUUUGUGCUGUGUAUUUUAGGCAAAUCUAUUUACUAAAAGCUCUGAAUCCUCUCUGACGUGAAGGCAUGAAGCCAAAGGUGUGUUAGAGUCAAACUGAGUGAGAUGAUCUCCUUUUACUGUCCAUCCUGUGUGUGAUACGAGGGAGGUCUGUAGUUAGAGCCACGGGCAGCUCUAGGUCGUCCAAACCUCCUGUGCACAUUGUCAAGCCCAGCUUUCAACCUGACCUCAGUGCUACACCUAAAAACGCAGACAGGAGCGUUCCCCAGAGUCUGAGUCUGGAGAGUUUAUUUCAUCAUAUUUAUACAGGGCUCUUCUCACUUCAGUCAUCAGGAUGCCUUUAAGGAAAAAAGAAAAAGAAAAAAAACAAAACCUGUGGUUUAAGUGGUGGUCAUUUCUGCCAGACCUUAUGCACAUGCACGCUACCUUUUUUUUGUUUUGUUUUUUAAUCUUCUGUGGUUUUUGGACAUUUUUUUCCUGCCCGAUGUAGUCAUGUAUAUACCCAUACUCUGCAAUUUCCACAUUUUAUCCCUUUUUAUUUUGCUUCUGAUCUUCUGAACUGGAGAUAAUUGCCUCAUAUAUAGAUAUAUAGAUAUAUAUACACUGUCUCUGUGCAAGUGCCGGGGUGGAAGGCUGCAGAUUUUUAAUUCAUCAUCGUUGUCAUCAUCAUCAUCAUCAUCGAUGCCAAAAUGAGAGGAAGAAUGAGUGGAGAAACCCCUUUGUACAUUUUUUUCUAUUUAUUUAUGCAGAAUAUAAAGAUUUUAAUACGCAUGGUAAAUACACGUAACAUGAAAUCAUGGAAGUUUUUGUUUUUCAUUUUACUUCAUUCUUUCAGUUUUUACCAAAAGAAAUAAAGUCAUUUUUCUUUCCUAAAUUGCUUUUCUCGUCUGUCAUUUCAACUAUGAGUUUAAAACAGUUAUCCAUAUACCGUACACCUCAGAAUGUUGUACAUGAUGGGUGUUUAUGUAAAAACACACUUAUUAAGAUUGUGAAAAAGUGCUGGCUGGAGCUCAUCUUGUCAUAUGGAGGGAAAAGCAGUUUUCUGGUCUUCCUGCAGUCCAUCCCAGUGUAGGGUGUGUGUGUGUGUGUGUGUGUGUGUGUGUGUGUGUGUGUGUGUGUGUGUGUGUGUGUGUGUGUGUGUGUGUGAGAGAGAGAGAGACAGACACACUCUGACUACUGGCACUCAUGAAAGCUAAAGGUGUGAUGAUGAUGCUUCUGUUUAAACCUUAAAAUCUCUUUUUUUUUUUUUUUUUUUUUUUUUUUUUUUUUUUUUUUUUUUUUUCCUUUCCUUUUCUUUUCUUUAUUUUUUUUUUUUUAAUUUUAUUUCUUCUCUCCCUUCUCCCUGCGAUGACGCGCUCGAUUCAGGACCAAGAAGUGUGACGUGUUUCUGUUUUGAGUUAGUUCAAUUUAGUUCCAUUUUUUCCUUGCAUGUGUUGAUUUGUUUUCUAUCUGAUGUGCUUGAGGAGUUGGACUUCCGUGUAUUGUUUGCAAAGAUCUAUUAAAUAUGGUGCUCUUUUUUUUCUUCGGUGAGUAAACAGUCUGUUGUGGAUGUAAUUAACUUCCCUGUGUAUUUUCCCUGUUUUCUGAAAACUAGUUUCUCAGUGGUCGGUGUGCUUGUCUGAGUUCAAAUUUUCUGAUUUUUUUUUUUUUUUUUUUUUGGGUUGUAUGUUUUGUUUUUUCAGUCAGUUAUGUUGUGUGUAUUUGUGAUGCAAGCUCUUACCAUGAAUCAUGAAUGAAGGCCUUGUGAAGUAAUUGAUUUAUCGCUCGUGCUCGCCGGUUUCUUAAUAAAGGACACAUUUUUAACA